CUCGUCCCCAUCGUCCUGAGGCUACGAUACGCUACGCUACACUCUACUCUACUCUACUUUACUUUGCUCUGCUCUGCUCUCAUCAAUCAAUCAGCUGUAUUCUGGCUGUCUGGCGUCUGUACCGGUCGGGGCUGUUGUACGCCUUCUCCACCGCCGCAAAAGGCAACCAAACACGACAUGCCCAUAUCAUCGUCAUCAUCAUUCAUCAUUCAUCACCGCCCAGGCCGUCGCAGAUGGAGAUGCCUCACUUCCAGCAGCCGCGUUCCCUUGGCCAUGUGCUUUUUGCUUGCCAGUGUUUUCUGUCCAUUCUCUGGCCUUCUCGUCUUGUUGACGGAUGACUGACGGAGAGUGACGGGGGGGCCCUGUCCACAAGCCAUCCGAAAUCGAUCGCCCCGACACCAACACUGGCCGUCUAUCAAUGCCACAUCCGUUGGUUGAUUCACUCAGUCAUUGAUCCAUCCAUAUGGGUGUGCCCUCGGGCCCCCCUCGACCCUCGAUGUCGCCCCGCUUGCCCUUCUGCUGCCCGUUUAUACUGUUUUUCUUGUUUGUUAUCGUGAUUGUGAUUCUGCUCCACUCAUGACGGGUUCCAGGCAGGCAACCUAUGACUGUCUUGUCAUGGGCUUUGAUUAUGACCGGACGCUAUGCCUCGCCUAUCUCUAGCCUGGGAGGAUAGUUGCUGCUGCUGCUGCUGCUGCUGCUGCUGCGUGCUGGCGCCACACCACCUCAGUACCGCACAGUCAGUCAGUCACCAAGUAGACGCUCCAAGUCUGUGUAGUGACUUGGUUCCCCUCGAGCAUCCCUCGAAGGCUCCCUCCAGGCUCAUUCGCCGCCUUCCCGUCUCCCCUCCCGACCAGUUUCUCCAUUCUGUCCACGGUGCAGCCAGGGCUCCAGCCAUGAACCAGUAGCCUUGAUCAGCCAUAGCGCCCAACCAAGCAGCCAACCAACCGGCCGGCCGACCCACCCGCCAGCCAAUCACCCAAUCAACGACCCAUGCGUGCUGGAUCCACACCACACUUGCUCCCUCCUCCCAUGAUGUCCAUCACCAGCAGCAGCAGCAGCAUCACGUUCCCCGACAUUCACGCUGCCCUUGCUCUGUUCUUGCAAACCUCACCACCUACCAGUCCGCCCGCGAACCCUUCGAUGCCUUGCCUUGCCUUGCCUUGUCAUGCUGUCAACGCUGGCUGUGCUCCUGCGCUGCCUCUUCGUCUGCCUCUUUGUCGCGAUUAUUUUUAACCCAACUCCGGUGCCACACAAGCUCCGCCCUGGGCACAUGCAACCACCACCACCACCCCCAACACCUCUCUUCUUGUCCGUCCGUAGCUGCUGCCAUACUACCAGACAUGCCCCCCGUUGAAUCGUCUCCUUUUCCUGACCAGUCAUCAAAUCAGCCUGUGCUGCCUGAAGCCUCCUCUCUGUUUCCGACCCUCGCCCUCUGAUACAUUAUUGCAUGGACGUUUCUUAGUCCUGAAUCGCCCUCAUACCCACACUAUAUAGCACCCUAACGCACGACGCCUGUCAACACCCACUUCUAAACCUUCAGAGAGAAACAACCCGCACGUAUCCGCCUUGCCGUAAUCCGUCAUAUACCCACCGAGCAUUUACUGUUGUUUUCGCGCCUACUGUGCUGGUCCUCCCCCAUCCAUCGCGUCGCCGGCAGCAAACGUGUUACCGUCUUCUUCUGGCACUACACGUCGAUCAUAUUCCGGCUGCUUGGCUUUUUGCCUCCGGAUUCCCUGCAGCAAAGCCAAAAACGCACGGCCACUUACCCAGCUAGCGCCCUUUUUGGUUCCUGGAUCUGGAUCCCACCCUGGCCCUUCGACACGACGCACCCACGCAACACAUCCCACACGCGCACCCCUCCAACAACACAUGUACCGUCUCUUUUUCAGUAGAUACCUCCCCGAGCCAAGUAGCAUCCGACUUGUAUUGAUUCAAAGACUUGCAAGGAAAACAAAUCAUCACCAAAACAAGGGGCCACAGCACUAUUUAGUUACCCGUUCCCGCAACCGGUCGCUAGUCUGCUUUGUCUAAGCUUAAGUGCAGGUCGUUAAGGGCCGCUCUUCCCACCCCCCUUCAUUCAAUUAAUCGCUUCUCUGUCCAAAACUCACGCACGCACCCUCCCAUCGCCCCGGCACGCGGUAAAUAACUGCCAUUUCGUCCUGCCCAUGUGCACGUGUAGAUAAUUGGCUGAAUCGAUGAAUGGGAGAGAGACCAAAAAAAGGGGACCAAUUCCAAUUGAUUUGCUCAUUUAAGAUAUUCCGUAGCCAAACUGUUUGGUGGGGAACAAGACUUUCUCUCAUUCCCCCAUGUUUAAUAUAACUGUGUGUGCGUUUGAAACAAACGCCCAUUGUCUACCACCUCCUUUUUUAUUUUUCUUCCUUUUAAUGUGAACCGAGAACAAUAGUCGAGGGCAAAUCGUGAUCAAAACUCAGCAUAAAGGGGGUUAGAGGGGUGGCGAUAAACUUCAUGAGGCUCCUUUGCGCCAACUAUGCGUCUAAAUUCAACAAUUCAUGUAAUGACUGAAAAGAAGCAACAACGCCCACCAUGCAAGUUAUCAAAAACGAAACAGACAAGGAAGGUAAAUGUGGAUUCAUCACCUCCAUAACCCUCACAGCUCCCAGCUCCCCGCUCCCCCCUUUCCUCUUUCCCCCUUUCUUUCGUACCCUGUGAACCCUUAUACAUCGAAUAAGAACGAU